AUGGGAACUCCCGAUGGAAAGACCUCUUGGACGACCAAGGACCCGAUGGAAAGACGGCAUGACUCAACCUUGCAGAUUUUCAAAAUUGGCAUCAGAGAUUGCCACGGCUCCGGAGCCGGCUCUUGGCUCCGGCUCAGAGCGGCUCCGGCUCCGAGCCGGGAGCCAGAGCCGGAGCCGGAAAUUUUGGGGUCGGCUCCGGCUCCCGAGCCCAAAGUCGGAGCCAGGCUUCCCAGCGGUCAGAAAAGUAAAAAUUUCGUGGUCUUGUUAAUCCAAAUUGCUUGAAAAACACUGCGGAGGAUGUGACUUGACUGCAAAAACGUCGGCUGUAUGAUCUCUGGCACUAAUAACUUUUAUUUUUGGAAAAACUUUUUUAAAAAAACAUUUUGCAUAGAAGCCGGGACUCGGAGCCGGAGGCCUUUUUAAAUUUUGCACGGAGCCAAGAGCCGGAGCCGGAGCUGCAAAUUUGGUCUCGGCUCCGGCUCUGGGAGCUAACAAGGGAAGUCACUUUUUUCGCAGAUCGAUCCAUACUGGUGACCUAGUGGACUGUGAAGGCCUCAGGCUGUGUAAGAAGAAUCUGGCGUCCAAAAGUGUUUACGGGCCCUGAGGGCAGAGUUAUGGCUCAUCAAAGUUCGCGCAAAAAAGGUUCCGAAAAGACCCUCCAAAAAAACGGGACCGGAGAAGUGAGCUUCGGUAGCAGAAUGGUUCGCAGAGUUUUCUUUUGUCUGGAAGGGCCAGGGUUCGAUUCCUCUUCCCGGCAAUAACUAAAAAUAAUAUUGUAAGAGUAGCGUAAGUUACAAAAAAAAUUGUUUAAAAAUAUUUUUGAAAAAUAUUAUUAUCUUGUCGUUAAAAAUUUGGGGAAAUUUGUGAGCUUGGACACGGUGAGGGAUGCGAGGGCAUUUUUCCACCGAUGAUCUCAUUCAAUUUCUGGAAUAAUGCGGCGAUUACGGUGGAUCAAGACGCCGUAUCAUUGGAGAAAACUGCGGGAACUUUGGCGUAAAGGUUGGACUGGGAUUCUCAAUAUGUAUAUCUCUGAUGUUUUAGAAGACGCCCUUGGUGAUGCUGAAGCGUUUGAGUCAAAUGCUGGCUGUCUGGGCAGAUGA